GAGAAACAGAGAGCCAGUGUGUGUGAGAGGGAGCGUGGAUGAGGGGGGGAAGAGAGAAAAGGGGGGUGCGACAGAGAAAGAGAGAGGCGAGAGAUGCCUGUUUGGAGCAGCAGGCAUCAGGGGGAGAAAGAGAUGGCAUAUUAGACCAUUACCAUGAGCAGAGCCCAGGGCCUCUGCUGAAGAUCUGUUCCAUCUCUUAAUAAACACAUAUUGCACCAAAUGUCUCCUGUCCCUGGCAGGACCUUGCCAGCUGGUACCUUCACUCCUUCUGAAGCCUGAAAAAGCAAGGGGAGUUUAAUUUUCAUUUUUUCUUUUCCCAUUGAAAAGGGAGUUACAUAGAUAUAUAUUUUAAGGAGUGCAGGGGGGAGGGAAGCAGGGGCAGAGCUGGAAUCAGGAGAGCUGCAGAUUUGCUCCUUUUAGGAGUUCUGUGUACCUGGAGGUGCUGCAUGUGAGCUCUUCUGAGUUCCUCCAAGCCUAGCAGCAGCUGUAGAUGUGUGCCUGUGUGUAUACUUAACCCUUUCUUGGCUCCUGGGAUUAAUACCAUGCUGAAGAUCCUCACUAAAAAGCUCAGGAACCAGAGUUUGAAUGAGAUUCAGCCUUUCCAGCUCAAGAUCUCCUACCCCCCAAGUGAUGAGGACAGCGACGACUCUGAGGGCGAGAACCAGGAACUUGCUCAGAUUGACAGAGAGAGAAGACGGAAUUGUAACCUGAUGCCCUUAGCCACCAACCAGCUCCAGAACCAGGAGAAUCAGUGCUGCAAGGUGCGAGCCCUUUUCCAUGCUAGCCUGGAUCGCCACAGCUCAGAGGAAGAACUGGAGCGCAUCAACCGAGAGUUUGCCGCUGAGAAACGGAAGUGGUCACAGGUCAGCAGGCUAGCCUGUUGUAGUGAUAGCAACAACACAUCCUCCAGUGAUGAAGAAGUGAAGAACUUGUGUGGCAUGACUUUCCGGCCUGUGGUGGAACAGGCAGACAGCCUGCAUGCUAGUCCAAGCCCGGUGCUGUUCAGUGCCUCCCCACCUAAAAGACUCCAGCCCUUGGUUCGGAACCCAGCCCCCAGACCUUUGAUCUUCACAAGCGUUGGGGCUGGUUUUGAGCAAGUCAUGCCUUGUAAGAGACACCGGCAAGGAUAUGGGGAUAAGGUCAGCAGGCCCAGCCUUGACUUGGAAAAAAUGCAGCAGAAGAUGCUGCUCAAGAAGAACUGUGGAGCAAAGACAAGAGUUAUUAAAAUUCGUCAACAGAAGGUAUCUGGAACUGGGACCUGCACAUCAGCUGAUCAGCCUUCAAGAGUAGGCCAUUUCAGAUGAGAAUCAUCCCAUGCUGCCUGCAGAUGUUAACAGACAGCAGAUGGAGGAAAGAAUCUUGAAUGGCUGGAGAGGAAAUCACGUUUUUCCUGACACGUGAAAGGAAUUUACAUGAAGAGAUGCAGUGCUGGCUGCAGGCUGGGCAUGCCUGGCCAAAACCGAGACAUCCAGGACUGUUGUUUUUAUACUGAAUUUCCUCUGGUGGCUGACUUGGAAUUUACAACUGUGGCAGAAAUGGAAAUCGAGUCGAGUGGGUAAAGUAUGCAUUCUAUCCAGGAAGCUCUAGACAGAUACUGCUAGAUGAUUAACCAUCCAAAUGACUUCCAGAUAACUGGCAACAUCCCCAGCUGGAGUUGGAUUAAAAUAUAAAUAUGUAUUAUAGUGCCUGGGUCAUGGGAAUCUUGCCUCCUUGUGCUUUUGUUUAUGAUUUUUUGGCUUGGGGCAUUACAGUCUAGAUGUAUUAAUACUAGCAGGGUAAUAGCCAAACUUGGCACUUGUGCACUGGUAGUAUUGUAUCUCCAAAGAUCUAAGACUGCAUGGCAAAAAGUGCCAUUAUUACCAUUUAACAGAUGGAGAGGCUGAGAUGGAGGGAAGUGUAAGUGAUGAUCAUACCCCAAGUCAGUGGUAGAUCUAGGAACAGGAGCCAGGUCUUCUCCCUGAUCUGGGCUCUGGCAAAUAAUAUUGCCUUUCUGCACAAACCAGUUAGAUUACAGGACAGCCAGCAAUUGCCUGCCAAAACUGAUUUUUUUCCUAGAAACAAUCAGGUAGAGAUGGCUCUUUUAGGCCUUAGUCAAGCUAAGCUCCUCAAAGGUACAGCCGUGUUCUUGGUGUUAAGCUUAUCAGCUUUUCAGAGUUGCAGUAGAGGAAAAUUUGGCUGUUACCUAGGUGCAACUCCCACUGUCAUCUGUCUUUGGCACCAUGUCUGUAGGUGCUGCACCCAUGAAAAUGAGGGUGGCUUUUACCUGAAUAAGAACUGAAAUAUUUGACCAUUUGGGUCAGGUCUUCAGCUGGUGCAGAAUGAUGGUGGCAUCUGGUGGCAUCCAGGAGCAUAGAACUGUGCUGGUAUAUCCUGCUGGUCUCAUCCUCUGGGUGAAAACCGUGGCCUCCAGGAGCCAAUGGGAAUUUUGCCUUUGUUUUGCCAGUGACGCUGGGGACAGGAUUUAACCUUUUCCUUUAGUUUGUGGCUUAGCUUUGCUCUGUGUAUUCACAAGAGGAUGCCUCCAUCUUGGCAUUGUGCCUUCAAGAAAUUGUAGCCAUAAGCUUUCCAUUCCAGGCAUGCUGGGUGGGAUUGAUUUUGGCCAAUUGCUGCAUCUUCUAAAGCCAGCCUUUUGGUGGCUUAGGCUGGAUGCUUUUUGAUGGGACUUGAUCUGAGGCAGAGCAUUUCCUCUCAUUGCUGGGUUGGCUGGAUAGUUUAUAUAAUGCAAAAAAGUGGGUCAUAUUUCUUGCCCUUUCAAACCAGAAUUUUUUUCAUCUCGACAUCAUUUCCCAUCUCCUCCCUCCGUAUCUGGUAAAUAAUCUUGGAUUCAGGCCAGAAGAGUGAAGAUAAAAACAUGUAAGAUGUAGCUUAAAUUGUCCUUUCAUGUUGUGAACUCAGCUUAGCUAAGCCUCUUGGUAUACACACUCUAGCACAGACAUGAGAAAACAUUGCUGGGACAAAACAGGAUUACUUUCUCUGACAGCCCACUCUCUUGGAUGCCGCCAACUUCAAGGAAGCAGCAAAUGAGACCUGGGGCACAAUUACCACUGGGUUUGCACAGCAAAAUCCCAACUGACAAGGUCAGACAAAAUUACCCUGUUUUGUCUGUUUUGACCAUGUUAAAGGGUUUGCAGCAUAUACUGUACAGAAACAAUACACUCCAGAAGGUGUCUAGUGUGAUGUACUAUAUAUACAAUGAACAGCCCAGAGAAACUUUUAAGUGCACCCUACAUGUAUGUGUCUCACUUUCCUGAGAUUUCCCUUGCUGUAGUGUGUAGGCCCUUAUUGUGCGAUUGUUUUGCAGAGGGGGCAAGCUGGGGUGGGGGAGGAAGAUGGAGGCCAUCUGGUGUUAACAUAGACUGUACCCAGAGGAUUUCCCAUUGUGUAAUCAGUUUGUGGAGAAUAAAAACAAGAGACACAGAACUGGUUAAAAAUGCAAACAGCUUUGGAGAACUCAGCUCCAUUCAGUAAACCCAGACUCCAGUGGGGCAUCAAUUAAAGUCAAGUGCCCAACAGAGGUGGAGAUAAAGGGGGAUGUUUCUAUGCUGAGUUUUUUUCCCCCCUGUACUUGAAAACUGUUGACUGUGGCAAGUUGGUGGCUGGAGAACAUCCCAGAGGUGGCAUCAGGCUCAGCCUCUGAGUUAGAGGAGCUGCGAGAUAGGCCCAGCUGCUCUUCAGCUUCCUUCCCCACGCCCUGCCAGCCAGGCAGCCAGCAGCCAUGGUCCAAACUGGCAUGUCACCCACUCAGCUGAAGGAAAGGUGAAGGGAUCAUGAGAAAAUGAGACUGAGCCUGGCUGCUGUCAGAUCAGCUGCAGUUUCAAUAUUGCAGUGAAAUAAUAGCCCCCAGGCUUGCUGCGGUCUGCCUUCAAGAUUGCUGUGGUAACAGUCAGCCCUGAAGGACACUGGAAUGAAAGAUGAGCCGGCUACCUUCUGCUCUUGCCUGCAGGACCUGGGGACCAUUUACAAAACAGAUAACUAGAAUUACAGCUGAGUAAGCUGUGUGCUGCUUUAACCCUACGGGGUACAAACAGGAUCCAGUCCUGCUGGGCGGAAAAAUGCCAGUUGGCUUGGGUCUUUCUCUGAUAAGGUGACUUGUGGCCCUAGCAGCUGCUUCACUCAGUGCCUAACCCUGCACCAUGAUGGUUAAAUGACCUUUUGUAUGCCUAACUCAUGUCAUGUGAUUGGCAACAGGCAAUACAAACCGUCUUUUCCCAGCGUGUAUCCUCUUUUAUUAUGUGGUAUCAGAAUUAAAUUUAAUCCA